GCUUAUCAAUAUUCUAGCUUUCGGAUUUGAAAAUAAAUGGAUGAAUAUCUUUUUAAGAGUGGCUGAAGCAUUACGUUUUAAUUUUUGAACAAUUAGUUUCCUUGGGUGUCUCCUUCAAUUUUAUGAAAACUAGCUGAAUACUGUCAUUUAGUUACUGAAUUCAACGAUAGUAUCAAGUUAUCCUUAUUCACCACAAUGUUUUGCUUCUCUCCUUGCUGCUUCCAAGGAACUAUACAGCGGGGAAAACGCCAUUCCGUAAGUAACUUUCAACGAUGUCGGAGUGUCACGGUGACUAUCAGAAACUUCCGCCCGGUUGGGACUGUAAAGUGGACAAAACAACCGGAAAAUGCUACUAUAUUAACUACUUCACCAAAGCCAUGCAACUAGAAGAUCCAAGGAAACGCUACAAACAGUUGCAAAAUGAUAAAUGUUCAUCGGAGUCCAUUGCGAUGCAACCUCUGCAUGGGUCCCCCUAUCAUGUGUACCCUGCAAGUAACUAUCCUGCUGUUAAAGCGUUUCAGGGUCCCAACCCAAGUUUACACAACGUUUCAGCAAGCCCUCUUUUGUCGACGAAAUCGCAAGUACAAAUGGAAAUGUCUUCCAUUCUGCGCCCAUCCAGUCCGCAGACUCCGCGAAUAAAUAAUCUUCCAAGAAGGCAAACCAUUCAGGAAACGUCUUUCUCCAACAAUAUCGAUACAGAUGCCGUUGUGGCAAAAAUCAACAACAUGUUCCCCACUGCUAGUGAGAACCACAUUCGUCUCUUGCUAAAAAAAUAUUAUAACCGAGAAGCAGUAGUUAUAAGUGCGCUGCAAGUUGAGAAACAUCCGGUUACAAUGCCCGGACCAUUUGCCACGCCACCGGCUCAACGUCAUUUGUUCCACAGCAACUCAUCUGUGUUUCAAAUGACCCCGCCAUCUCGCCGUUUUGAUCCUAUGCUAUCGCGUACGGCAAGUCCUGCUCCUGGACGUCUAGGAAGUAUUGUUAGCGGUUUGUACGGAUCUCCGCGCUAUUCGCCGAAACCACAUUCGUCUCCGAAGAUGAAGCUGAGAUACCUGAAGAAUGUUUUUCCAAAAGCGGACGAAACCCUUCUACUGGAUAUUCUCGCAAACUCUGAUAAUAAUGUACAGAAGGCGUCAGAGAAACUCGUUUCUAUGGGAUACACAAAACGUGAUAUGCUAGCUGCUCCUAAACUUUCAAGUCGCAUGGAGGAGGCGAAGCGUACAGCUGAAUCCAGUGACGAAAAAAUCAUCCCUCUUCAUCCGAAGGUUCUAACAGCAGAAGAAAAAGAAUCAAUUAAGCAAACACUUCAGACACAAUACAAAUCCAUCGCAGAACGAAUCAUUCUGAUGGCUCUGGAAAGUGUUAACUAUUCCGAAGACCGAGCUUCUCAGAUUCUCCAAAUUGUUCUUCAGGAAGAUGAAUCCAAGGAGAAGAAGAAAAAGCCAAAGGAAGGAGAAACAUCGAAGUUGGAAGGCGUUGUGAAAGAAGAGCCGGAGACUAUAAGCGAAAGAAGCACUCCAAAAACAACAUCUGAUGAAGACUCACCGACCAAAAAGGAAUUCCAAUCUAUAUUAAAGCGUAUUGCAGCCAAAGGACCCAAUUCAGAAUUAUGUAACGGACCCAAUGAGGAUUUAUUACUUGCUGAUUAUGUAACUUGGAGUGGUGCGAAUCCAGACAUAUCAUUGGGCCGUAAAGGAAUAGCACAAGGAGCAGACGCUACAUUACUCAGUGAUCGCAACACCACCCUCGCACUCGGGCACAACAAUGAACUGUGCAAGGGUCCACAGGUGGGGCUUGCCAAGGGCAGUAUUUACUCGCAAAUUAACUGUGCACUAAACACUAAUGUAAAAUGCAACUAAACUAGUAACCGACAGGGUUAGGUUGUACCAGUUAUUUAUGUGACUUUUUGUGCCAAAAUUAUCAUCAUAAUUGGCUGCAUCUUGAAUUCAUUCAUGUCACAUAUUUGAAUCCAUCCUCAACUAUUUGAAACUAAUUUAAUUAUGAUUUUAUUUCGUUACUACAGGGGGAUAGUUGUAGAAAAGGUGAAGCGAGGCAAAUUAAAUAACAAUCUUUUCGAUUGGCCUCUAUUUUCUUAUAUUAUAUAUGUAGGAUUUAAUAUGGGCUUCGCUAAAGGGAAUGUGUAAUAUCUUUUAUAAUUUAAUUAAUAGCAACUCGGGGUAGCACUAAAACCCUUAACGUAAACCAUUAAAUUGAGCGACAUAAUUGUUGGUUUAGGUGAAUAUUAUCUGGGGUUUGAAGUGCAAAGAAGCAAGUUUCCGAUACCUUGAUUGAGAUUUUGGAAGUACAAAUGAAAAUUAGCAGGGAAGAACAAUUGUGCAAAUGUGGAAAGUCAAAUAUUUCUGCAUUUUCCAAGCCGUAAAUGAAUUUCAUGGCAGCAUAAGCCUGGUUGUUUUAAACUGGAUCCACGGUUAAAUUAUUUCCUUUUUUUUCAGAAGAGAUAAACCGGGUUAACCUCAUAGUCGAAAGUAAUCAAACUUUAAAGCAACAAUUUUUAUUUGAACGCUAUGAAGUUCCCAAAUUUCCAACUAAACCCCAGAAAGAUUGCAUUUUGACUAAAAGUUAACAGCGCAUGAUACAAUAACCAUUUUAUUUCCGAGACACCGGGAAAUCAACCGAGAUCCACAUCAAAUCAUUUGUAAGAUUCAAUGCUCGGCAAUGCUUAUUCGUAUUGCAUUCGGUUUCUCCUUGGCAUAAAUGUUGCUCAAAUCAUACUUCAAGUCCUUCAAUUUGUAAUUAUUCUUUAAUUUUUCAAGUUUUUUUGUCCAUAGAAAAUGUCCGCCAUGAAAUUUCAAAACCAAAUACACUAUGCAAAAUCCGUAUUCGUA